AUGUCGCCGGAAAGUAAUCUAGCCAAGCCCAGGACCAGGACCAGGUCCAACGACGAUCAACUCAAAAAUGCCCCCACAAAAGCGCCACUCAACUGCCCUCGUUGCGAUUCCGCCAACACCAAAUUCUGCUACUACAACAACUACAGCCUCACCCAGCCCAGGCAUUUCUGCAAGGCCUGCCGCAGAUACUGGACCAAAGGCGGGGCACUACGCAACGUUCCCGUCGGCGGCUGCUCCCGCAAAAAUAAAAAGCCCAAAUCGGCCUCCUUCACCCUUCCGUCCAACGACUCCGGGCCUUCGUCCAAUUUGGAAAUCGGCAGAUUGGGGUUUUUCAACGCUACUAUUUCGUCCGAUUUUCAGCUGGGCGGAAAUUCGCCCUUCGCGGCCUUUUACGAUCAGUUUGGGGGAUUUUCUCUCGACCAAUCGAGAAGCCCGAAUUCCUUCUUGCCUUCGGCUGGGUUUAAUAAUGGCCUCGAAUUGAAUGCGGAUACGAGUAUCGCCUCUUCUAUUGAGUCUCUGAGCUCUAUUAACCAAGACCUCCACUGGAAACUGCAGCAGCAGAGGCUCGCUAUGCUGUUUGGAGGAGACAACGCCGCCCAUGAGGACGGUGGAAUUUCGAUUUCCAAACCGGAGGUUUGUAAUUCUUCCGAUUUCAAUGCAAGAAAAGAUCAUAUCACGGCCGGAGCCGGAAUCGGGGGAGCCUCUGCAGCGGCCGAUGAGUGGUUCUUUGGGGAUUCUUAUGCCGCCACCUCGGUGCCAAGCACCGCAACGGGUGCGGCGGCCGCGAGCUAUAACUCCGGCGACAGCGCCGUCGCUGGGUGCGAUGGUUUUCAAGAGUGGCACGAUUUGCAUCAGUACGGUCAUUUACCGUAG